UCCUUAUUUUCAUAUAUUUGGGUGAAAGUAAACCAAACCAUGACCAUUUGAUCGCAUCUGGUUAAGCAACAGAGAUUUCCAAAAGCUUAAGCAAAACAAAGUGCAAAAUGACAGAUAAUAUGGUGGACAAGAUUUGAAAUCAGGAUCUCCCAUAACUAGAGCUCUGAACUGUUAGCCUAAAAAUUUGAGCUAUUAAUGAAAACAAACAGUGCAUGCUAAGCUAACACUAACAAUUGAUAUUGUUUGGACUUCGUAUGCAGGAAUUCUAGUAUGCAUACUAAGGAUUGUAACAAAGGCUUCACUUCCCCACUCACCCAAGGGUCUGCAGAUGAGCACCCAGAUCUAUUUUAUCAUCAGCACCUUCAUCGUGUUCAUGUGCAUUAUCUGCAGCAAUAUCUUUGAAAAAUUACUGGUCAUUCAACAUUACCAGAAACAGAGAACUAUGUCUUUCAAACUCCCUCUCCCAGGCCACCAAAAUGCCAUCAGCACAUCAUUAAGCAGAAUGGGCAGUGCAGUUGAGCCAAAUGAACAGCCAAAAUUUUGGGAUGCCAUCAGGAAUAUCCGGUGGACAGCAAUCAGGAUUUUUAUGAUUUAUGUAGUAUCUCUGUCGAUUUUCCCUGGAUACUUGACUGAAGAUGUGAAGUCACAGUUUUUCCGAGAUUGGUAUCCUAUUUUGCUGAUAACAACUUACAAUCUUAUGGAUUUCUUGGGGAAAUCUUUGACUGCAAUAUAUAUACCAAAGAAAAUUACAGUUGCAACAUGGGCUUGCUUUGCUAGGCUGUUGUUGUAUCCACUCUUCAUAGUUUUUGAGCACGGACCGAAAAGUCUGAGAAGUGAAUCACCUGUGGUGUUUCUGACUGCCACGCUCAGGUUCACAAAUGGGUAUCUGACAAGUGUCCUCAUGAUCCUUGCUCCUAAAUUGGUACCGGUGGAGGAAUCAGAAACAGUUGGAAUAGUAAUGUCUUUGUUCUUGGUAAUGGGGUUAGCAACAGGUUCAGUUCUUGGUUGGUUAUGGAACAUGUGAACUAGAGUUAUGUGGCUUCAGCAAUUGGAAGAAAGACCAAAUUUAUGAUACCUAGGACAUGGAUCGUUCUAGUACAAUGAACAAGAACGAAAACAUGAUACAACACAUGCUCUAAAAUGUGAUACUAUAAAUGUAGGGUUGUACAUAUCACAUUACUAGAAUUUAAAGUAUCACUAAAUAUGGGAGUAAUUUUCUUUUAAUAAUUAGACAUCUAAUAAAAUAUAGUUAGUAUUUUUCAAAUCAAUCAUGUAACACACAAAUAUAAAAGCAUAAUGGCUCUUUUCUUUUACAUUGUCAUGCAACAAUUCUACUCGCUCUAGAUUUUAGUUCAUUUUAUAUUUAAUUUUUCCCCCUCAUUGGAAUCUUUUAAGAAAAUAUAAAGGAAAAAAAAAAAUAAGAGAUCACUUUGGAUUGCUAGAUUCACCCCUUUUGAAAUCAGGUGUACAAUGUUUCAGAUAAUGUGUGUUCAAAUACUUAAAUCGGUAUUAAUGUUUUAAAACUAAUCAUUCAGACAAAUAUACAAGGCAAGGCAGUCUGGCACUUCCAAAACCCACGAUGUAAUUAAUCAUUAUCUAAUAAAGCAUCACAGAAAGCUUGAGAAUUGUUGUUCUAUCAGAAACUAUGCAGAUCUUGAGACUCGAGCACAAUAAAUUACAAGUAUGUUGAGGCAUCAAAGAAUUUUGUAUAUUUAAUGUCUCAAGGUGUAAAGAGAGAGCUACAUACAGGACCUGUUGUGAUUCAUGGAGCUGUAAUGCCCCUCAAGUGCAUCUUCAACAACC